AAGCUUCUGCCGAAUCGGAAACCUUCGCGAAGAACUCCUCGGUUCGGGUACAAAACACGCGUUGCUUACAUUAAUUCACGUGAACUCUGCUUCUCCUACGCGUCGACGCGUCUUUGCUGUUGUUUACACUGAUUCUGUAUCUUCACAGCGCAGAGCAAAGAAGAUGACGACAGACAAAACGAGCAGGAAGCGCGCAGUGCUGCAUAUCCCACACCGACUCCGAUCAGGAGCAUCAUAUCCCUCCGUCGUGCACAACAUCGUGCCCUGCAAGAUCAGCCACGACGGUCCCGCGAAUGUAAAAGACUACUUCAAGAAGCGGCGGCUGGCGGCAGAAGCACCCCGCCCCUGUGCUGCUGCUGCGGUUGAGGACGAGCGGAGGAAGGAGAGGGAAGAGGAGGAGCUUUAUGAGAGUUAUUUCCGCGGACGCAAGUUCGUAGGCCGGAGGAUCGCGCUGCGGGAAAAGGGAUUCCAAGGCCUCGUCUUGCCGCCGCCGCCGGACGCGGUCUCGCAGCAAUUCAGCGAGUUUGACGAGUACACUCGUCCGGGCGAUGACAUCUACGACGACGACGAGGAAGAAGAUGAAAGCGAGAUGGAAGAGAAAGAGUUGGAGGCAGAGUGGACCCCGACCAGUGCGUUUCAAGAGAUGUACAUCUGGGGCCACGAUGCUGCGCCUGAUCCAAAGCUGAAUCCGUGGAUCGUCGCCGUCGAUGAAUGGGCUCGGUUUGCUCAGUCUAUUCACGAUGGCCUCGAGCCGGCAUCUGAUAUCAAGCAGGACUCUACAGUAUAAAGAGUGGGG